AUGACUGGCAAAUCUGCUAAAGGGAAUCACAGAAGAGGGAAUCCAUUUUCCUGUGCUGAUUGUGGGAAAAGUUUCAAUCAUUUAUCACGGCUUAAAAUCCACCAGCGUGUUCACACAGGAGAGAAACCUUAUCGCUGCACUGAGUGUGGGAGGAGUUUCACGCGAUUAGAAAGUCUUAAAUCACACCAGCGCAUUCACACAGGAGAGAAACCUCAUCACUGCACUGAGUGUGGGAAGAGUUUCACGCUGUUACAAAAUCUUAAAUCGCACCAGCGCAUUCACACAGGAGAGAAACCUCAUCACUGCACAGAGUGUGGGAAGAGUUUCACGCUGUUACAAAAUCUUAAAUCGCACCAGCGCAUUCACACAGGAGAGAAACCUUAUCAAUGCACAGAGUGCGGGAAGAGUUUCACACAGUUAGGAAGUCUUCAAUUACAUCAGCACAGUCACACAGGAGAGAAACCUUAUCACUGUACUGAGUGUGGGAAGAGUUUCACGCUGUUACAAAAUCUUAACAGACACCAGCACAUUCACACAGGAGAGAAACCUUAUCACUGCACAGAGUGCGAGAAGAGUUUCACGCUGUUACAAAAUCUUAAAACACACCAGCGUGUUCACACAGGAGAGAAACCUUAUCACUGUACUGAGUGUGGGAAGAGAUUCACAUAUUUAAGUUCCUUGAAAGUCCACCAGCGCUCUCACAAAUAGAUCUUAUCAAUGUAGUGAAUGUCUGAAAUGUUUCAGUCACUUAUCAAACCUUAAAAAACACCAGAAAAUGCACACGAGUGACGCUCUGUCCCUUCUCUGAAU